UUUAUCUGUCUUUCUCUUUUUCUCUUUCUGUUUCUCUUCUUCCUUUUCCCCCACUAUAAUGAUCAAGAAUCCAAAAGAGUAAAAUCUCAAUAAAGCAAAAUUUAGAACUUCGAACAUAUUGUGUAUGUAUUUUUGUGAUGUUUUGUGUUUUGUAUAACUGUUCAAUUAAUCGAAUCAACGCUAAAAAACAAAAUUAAGUUGUGCGCAAUUGAUCGAUUAAAGAUCGAAGAACAAACGGAAUAUCGAACAAUCAAUUACAAAAUAUCGACCAGUCGAAACGAUUAAAACAGUAAAGGAGAGUGGAAUAUUUUGCCAGUAUUAUGCCAGAAAAAGACAAUUUACAGAAACAUGAUACCACAGAAAUCGGCGUUGAAGAAUUUAAUCAACUGCGAAGCAAAUAUGAAGGAAAAUUGACAGCUUCCCUCUAUACCGGUAUCCUGUUUGUCACUGUCAUUGCAUUGAUUUUUGUUCUAGGAAUUCUUUACAUUAACAAUUAUCAGGAUUUAUCUCAAAUUAUUGUUCCUGUGACGACUUUAAUGAUAUUAUUACUCAUAUCGUUGAGUUUACUAUUAGUAACGCAACUACCAUCGAUUUUAACAUCCGCUAAAGCUAGACUUCUUAUAGGUUUUGUUGCAUCAGGUAUUUUAGGUAUUGGAAUUUUAAUCAUUCGUGCUUCAGUACCUUUGUUUAUCACAAUUCACGCGAUGAUCGCUGUAUUACCAAGAGAUACACGACAGACACCAACAAUUCUUGCAAUUAUAUUAAUUAUCAUUCAUUUAAGUGUGCGAUUCAUUUUUCUCGAUCAUUCAAACUACUAUCAAAUAGUUCAGACAUGCAGUGAGAUUAUCUUUCUAUUCACUGCAAUUUUAUCCGGUUCGUAUUAUAGUAUAUUAACUGCAAAAGCACAUAAUAGAACCUUUUCUAGAACAAAAACGGUCAUUGAAUCCAGAAUAAAAUUAGAAUGUGAAAGAGAACAACAAGAACAAUUAUUAUUAAGUGUUAUUCCGGCUUAUAUCGCAGCUGAGGUGAAAAGAGGUAUUAUGUUGAAAAUGGCGAAUGCAUGUCAAGAAGCUAGUAAUCAUAAGCAAACUAGAUUCUAUGAAAUGUAUGUGCAACGGCAUAAUAAUGUUAGUAUUCUUUAUGCAGAUAUUGUGAAUUUUACACCGCUUUCAGAACAAUUAUCAGCCUCAAGUCUAGUAAAAAUAUUGAAUGAAUUAUUCGGAAGAUUCGAUCAAAUUGCUCAAGACAACCAAUGUAUGAGAAUUAAAAUUCUGGGUGAUUGUUACUAUUGUGUUUCGGGAUUGCCCAUCUCUCGGCCAAAUCAUGCAUACAAUUGUGUGACUAUGGGAUUACAAAUGAUAGACGCUAUUAAAUUUGUUCGCGAAGCAACAGGAUUUAAUGUGGACAUGCGAAUAGGAAUACACACUGGAAACGUACUAUGUGGUGUACUUGGUUUACGAAAAUGGCAAUUCGAUGUUUGGAGUGAUGAUGUUACAUUGGCAAAUCAUAUGGAAAGCGGUGGUUUACCAGGGAGAGUGCAUAUAACUAAAGCUACUUUACUUCAACUUGGAAAUCGUUUCGAAGUCGAACCUGGUAAUGGAGGAUCCCGAGAAGUCUAUCUUGCCCAACAUAAUAUUGAAACUUUUCUGAUAAUACCACCAGAGAAAACCAGUCAAGAAAAUCGCAUGAAUGAUAAUGGUGAACAUAUCCGCAGUACUGUCUCCAUACCGUCAAGAUCAAGACCAAGUAGUAAAAUGACGAAAUAUUUUGAGAGUUGGGGUGCAGAUAAACCUUUCGCUAACAUUGCAGAGGCCACACUUGCUAAAAAUAUUGGAUUAACAAGUAUUGCCAUGAUUGAAUCAAAUCUUUUAAUAAACAGUAAUUCUAAUUGUUUCAUCAAUAUGAAACAACGAUAUCAAGGCAAUGAAGGAAUGUCAUCCAUUACUUAUCGAUUUAAUGAUCAAGAUCAAGAAUUUCAAUAUCGUCAACAGAUUGAUGAACAAUAUCCAUGGUAUCUUCUCGCUUCAACUACUAUAUAUAUUAUGAUUUUUGGCAUUCAAAUUAUAUAUUUACCAAGGAGUGUCAUAGUUUACAGUUGCUUUUUUCCUGUUUUAUCAUUUUUGUUUAUUUUUUCCGUAUUAUCUUGGUUUAACAUUAAGACUAAAGGUAACAGUAUCUGGAAUUGGUUAUCUUUGAAUAGAGAAGUCAGGAUAAUAGUAUAUUUAAUAACAGUGUUUUUAACGAUUACAUCAUCUAUUCUUAGUCUAUUAUUGAAUGAUAUUGUACAAAUAAAUAAAUAUGAUAUCGUCGUACCAUUAUACGUAUAUACUGCGGUAAUGUCUCUGGUUGUUGGUUGGACGCAUUUACGCGUUGAUUUUCUAAUAAAAUUCUGUACAAUGUUUAUCUCGAUAGCAAUAAUCGUUGUUGCAUUUUCACAAGCACCGAUCGUUCAAUUAUAUCAUAUGAUUGAUGUUAUCGAAUAUUAUCGCAUUCAUUAUUUAUUUCAAAUUGGUUGUUUGCUCUUACUUGUUUGUCUUGUACUUCAUGUUUUGGAUAGGCAAAUUGAAUAUACUUCAAGAACAGAUUUUUUAUGGGAAAAAUUAAAAAUAGAACAGGAUGAAGUUGAAACUAUGAGAGGUAUUAAUAAAAUUCUUCUCGAAAAUAUACUACCUGCUCAUGUAGCAGAGCACUUUUUAACAAACGUUCGAGCAAUUCAGGAUCUUUAUCAUGAAAGAUACAGUAGUAUUGCCGUUAUGUUUGCAUCCAUUCCGAAUUACAAGGAAUUUUAUGAUGAAACGGAUAUAAAUAAACAGGGAUUGGAAUGUUUAAGACUUCUAAAUGAAAUUAUAUGUGAUUUUGAUAAAUUAUUACUUAAACCAAAAUUUUCUGGAAUUGAAAAGAUUAAAACUAUUGGAAGUACUUAUAUGUUAGCUUCUGGUCUUAGUCCAGGGAAAGGUACUGACGAAAAGGAACUUUUAAAACAAGAAAAUCAUAAUAUAAUUAUUCUUGUUGAAUUUGCUCUUGCUUUGAUGACAAUUUUAGAUCAAAUUAACAAGGAAUCUUUUCAAAAAUUUAAGUUAAGAAUAGGUUUAAAUCACGGACCUGUAAUAGCGGGUGUGGUUGGAGCACAGAAACCUCAAUAUGACAUUUGGGGUAAUACCGUAAACGUAGCAUCAAGAAUGGAUAGUUGUGGAGAAAUGGGUAAAGUUCAAGUUACCGAAGACACAGCCAAAAUUUUAAUCGCGGCUGGUUAUGAAUUAAUAUGCCGAGGCCCUACAUAUGUUAAAGGAAAAGGAACUUUGAUAACUUAUUUUGUAAAAACACCGUUUGAUGAUAAAGAAGAAAAUUUUUAGAAAUAAAAAAAUAUAAAAGAAAAAUAGUUAAUUUACAACAAAGAUUUAUCUAUAAAAUCAUAAUGUUUAAAUUGAAUGUUUAACUUAUAAAAGUAGAUAGAAAGAAAAAAAAAGAGAAGAAAGAAAGAAAAAAAGAAAUAAUCAUUGUUAUUUAUUCAUUGCUUUUCUAAAGAUAAAUUAUGCAUAACAAUGGCCUUGAUUCUGUAAACACCAUUCAGGUUGUAAACUUUCUGCACUGAUUCCCCUUUUUACAAAUCGUUCUCUAUGCCUAAGC